AUGGAAGAGAAGAAAAUGAUAAGAAACCCAACUCAUCAAGGAGGAGCUCAAAUGCUUCUCAUGCCUCGUCCACUCUACCCUACAAGUUUCUUAUACAAUCCAGUUGCUGCUUCAACUGAAGGGGAAAGGAAACCACGUAGAAGGAGAAAGAAGAACAAAGGAGGAGAAACUGAAGAUAUGGCAGCAAGGAAGAGGAAGUUAAGUGCUGAGCAAGUUAAUCUUUUAGAGAUUAAUUUUGGGAAUGAACACAAGUUAGAGUCUGAAAAGAAAGAUCGUUUGGCUACAGAACUUGGUUUAGACCCAAGACAAGUUGCUGUUUGGUUCCAAAACCGUAGGGCUAGAUGGAAGAACAAGAAACUUGAAGAAGAGUUUUCUAAACUCAAAUCUGUUCAUGACUCCACUGUCCUUGAGAAAUGUCGCCUUGAAGCUGAGGUUUUAAAGCUUAAAGAGAAUAUGUCAGAGCAAGAGAAAGAAAUAAGGAGGCUUUCAGAGCGUUGUGAUGGGGUAUCAAGUGGAAGCCCUGCAAGUUCUUGUUUCUCCAUGGAUGCUGAUCCACAGUUUCUUGGUGGAUUUGGAGUGGAUGGAUUUGAAAAUCUGUUUUAUGCACCUGAAACUAGUUAUGUUCAUGGGAUGGAGUGGGUGAAUUUGUAUGAUUUGUGAUUAUAUUUUUAUUUUUUUCCCCUCUAAUUAAUCAUGUAAAUAUAUAUCUGACUUUUUAAUUAGUGUAAAGCAUCAUCUAGUUAGUUCUCUA